AUGGACGACUUCCCAGCCAUACCCGCUCCAACCCCUAGCUCGUCGAGCAAGCUGCAGCUGGAGAAGUUCUUGGACGCCUUGCACGGCCCGGCUGGCGCUGGUGCUGCCAGUGGCGCCACGCUGACUGAAUUCUCCCCCAAGGUGUUGGCGCUGGACGUCCGGAGCCCUGGCGAGUUCGAGAAGGGACACAUCCCUGGAGCGCUGAACGUGCCACUGUUCAGCGACGAGGAGCGCGCGACCGUUGGAACGAAGUAUAAGCAGAGCGGCCGCUACGCGGCCAUCCGGGCGGGGCUGGGCAUCGUGGGCCCGCGUAUGAGCAGGAUAUUGGAGGAGGUGGAGCAGCUCGGCGGCGUCCCGGGCCAGCGGGUGCUCGUGUACUGCUGGCGGGGCGGCAUGCGGUCGGGCUCGGUGAGCUGGCUGCUCGGGCUCUGCGGCUUCGAGGUCGGCGUGCUGGAGGGCGGCUACCGCAGCUACCGCCGUUGGUGCAGGGCCACUGUAGGGGCCGCCGGCACACAGCCCCCCGCGCCCGUGGUGGUCCUCGGCGGGUGCACCGGCGUGGGGAAGACCGCGGUGCUGCUCGAGCUGGCGGCGCAGGGGCACCAGGUGGUGGACCUCGAGGGAGCUGCCAACCACCGGGGCUCCGCGUUCGGCUGGAUGGGCCAGGCCCCGCAGCCCAGCAACGAGGCGUUCGAGAACGCGCUCGCGCUGGCGGCCCGGCAAGCCGACGCGUCGAGGCCCAUGUGGUUGGAGCACGAAGGGCGUCACGUGGGCACGUGCGCCGUGCCGGCGGCGGUGCUGGGGUGGGUGCAGGCUGCGCCCGGGGGGGGGAUGAUCACGCUGGACAUGGCACAGGAGCUGCGCGUGCAGCGGCUGGUGGAAGACUACUGCAGCGAGGCAUGCCUCCAGAAGGAGGGCUGGGUGGAGGGCCUCCGGCAGUGCAUAUCGGCGAAGAAGGGCGGGUUGGCCAAGAAGCUCGGCGGCAACCGGGUGAAGGAGGCGCUGCAGCUGCUGGAGGAGGGCGAGUGGAGCAGGGUGGCGGCCAUGAUGCUCGACUACUACGACAAGUUGUACAAGCAGUGGCAGGCGGACAGCGCCAGCCUCCACGUCGUCCGCGUGGAGUGCUCCACGGCCGACGCCGCGGAGAACGCCGCUCGGGCCCUCGAGGCGCUCCCCGAGGUGCUGCGGCAGCCAAGCUGCCCCGCCUCAGCGCCCGCCUGCGCGGAGGCCGUGGUGGGCCGCGCGGCCGCGCCUACGGAGCCCGGCGGCGAGGUCAACGAUGGGUGGCCCCGCUUCGAGGGCCGUUGCCACUGCGGCGAGGUGAGGGUCGUGGCGUUUGGGCAGCCGCGCGCCGUGAGCUACUGCCACUGCUCCAUCCCGGAGAGGAAAAGCGGCACGGGCAUAGAUUUCGGGAGCUCCGCGUUGAUUUCUCGCAUCGGCGGCCCAGAGCACGCGGGCAAGGUGCUUCGCCAGAGCUCCAGUGGCACUCGGGUGGUGCUGGAGGCGCUCUUUGCGCGCGAGCAGGUGGCCACCGCCCUGGAGCCGGGCGCCCAGCUGCAGGGCACGCAGAGCACGCGGAGCGUGGAGCGCCAGCGCUGCGCCUCCUGCCUCUCGCCGAUGCAGGCCGCGCUCUUCGGCGGCAAGCUGGUGGCCGUGCCGCUCGCGCUGCUGGGCAGCUGGCGGGGCACAGGGGGGGGCGAUCUGCGGCCGCAGCACCACAUGUACUACAACGACCGCGUCAUGGAUGUUGUGGAUGGCCUGCCCAAGUACGGCGGGGCGGUCCGCGUGGUGGGUAAGACCACCCCGUCCGCCAAGGACAUGGUGGAGGGCACGGCUCCCCUGGGGGGGUCCCUGGUCCCCGAGACCGACGCGCCCCAGACGGAUCAGCCGUGCCACGGAGUUUUCGAGAAGAGCCUGGGCGAGGUCCGGUAA